UUUAUAUACAAAUGAAAUUAUCUACAUUUCCAAUAAAUAUGUAUUAUAUUAACCAAUUAUUUUAAUAAUAGGCUCAAUAAUAUCACGUUACAUUAAUAGUAUACAGUUUAGGUAACAGUUUUAGAUAACAUUGCUAGUUAAAAAUGUGUGCAACUAGUAUACGCUUAUUUAAAACUAGUUUUUCUACUUUAUUAUCACCAAGAAAUGUUUUUUUACAAAGUUCAAGAAGUUUAAUAUAUAUUCAAGGUCAAGAACCAGAGCCAAAAAUUAGGGAAUAUUUUUAUUAUAUUGAUCAUCAAGGUAUGUUAUUUCUAGAUGAUUCUAAAAUGAAAAACUUUACAUCAUGCUUUAAGGAGAAAAAGUUUUUAGAAUUCUUUUUUAAACAAAUUCGUUUAAAUAAAACUGGAAGAUACCAAGAAGAAUUUCCAUAUGUAUCUUUGUGUGGACGAGAACGAAAUUAUAUAAGAUGUGAUGAUGUACCCAUCGUUUUUACCCAUAUAAUCAAUAAGGAAUCACAUAAAAUUCAAUUACUUACCUAUGCAUACGUAGGAGAAUCAUUGACACAUAAAUUGAUGCCUGAAAAAAUAUAUAUGUCCCCUAAUACUGGAAGAGUAUACCAUCCUGCAGAUGAAAAAUAUGGUGGAGUAGGAUUAAUAAGAUCAAAACUUGCUAUAGAAUUAAGUAAACAUUUCACUUUUGGAAAUGGAGAAUGCAGUCCACCUACUCAUUUUACAUGGAAUGAAAUCAUUUAUGACCUAGAUCUGUUGUGGUUUCAUAAAAAAGUACAACAGUAUAAUUUGAAAAUUAAUGACAAUUCUGAAUAAGAAACAAUUAUAUCUUUAGUUGUUAGUACUUAUUAACAUUUUUUUAAAACUAUAUUUGAAAAUAUUCAUUUAAGGAACUAUUUAUACAAUAUAUAUAUUAAAUCUGAUUUUAU